AUGAAUGGACCGAUGAUUCCCGACUACGAUUACUGGAUGGAUGAAGACGACGACGGAUGGAGAGGUGGGCUCCUGUACGGUCGUUGCGACGGCUCCUGGAUUGACGAUGACGACGAUUCCUGGAUAGACGGUGACGACGAUUCCUGGAUAGACGGUGACGACGAUUCCUGGAUAGACGGUGACGACGAUUCCUGGAUAGACGGUGACGACGAUUCCUGGAUAGACGGUGACGACGAUUCCUGGAUAGACGGUGACGACGAUUCCUGGAUAGACGGUGACGACGAUUCCUGGAUAGACGGUGACGACAAUUCCUGGAUAGACGGUGACGACGGUGACGACGAUUCCUGGAUAGACGGUGACGACGGUGACGACGAUUCCUGGAUAGACGGUAACGACGAUUCCUGGAUAGACGGUGACGACGAUUCCUGGAUAGACGGUGACGACGGUUCCUGGAUACACGGUACGGCGGUUCCUGGAUAG